AUGUGGCCAUUUUGGUGGAAAGGAGCAUCUGGGUUCUCAGCUCGUUCCACAGCUGAAGAAGUCACUCAUGGAAUCGAUGGUACUGGUCUCACCGCCAUCGUCACAGGAGCAUCAAGUGGUAUUGGAGAAGAGACUGCGCGUGUGCUUGCUCUUCGUGGUGUCCAUGUAGUAAUGGCUGUGAGGAACACAGAUUCUGGUAAUCAAGUCAGAGAAAAGAUACUCAAGGAAACACCUGGAGCUAAGAUUGAUGUAAUGAAGUUAGAUCUUAGCUCAUUGGCUUCAGUCAGGAGCUUUGCAUCAGAAUACAAGUCCUUGGACCUUCCCUUAAACCUUCUCAUCAAUAAUGCAGGAAUCAUGGCAUGUCCCUUCAUGCUUUCUAGCGACAACAUCGAAUUACAGUUUGCAACCAAUCAUUUGGGUCACUUUUUGUUGACGAACCUUCUUCUGGACACAAUGAAGAAGACAGCUAAUGAAAGCAAAAGAGAAGGAAGAAUUGUUAUUGUCUCAUCAGAAGGUCAUCGAUAUGCUUACAGGGAAGGGAUUCAGUUUGACAAAUUAAACGACGAAGCUAGUUACAAUACUUUGCAAGCAUAUGGUCAAUCAAAGCUCUGUAACAUAUUGCACGCUGCUGAGCUCGCUAGGCGGUUCAAGGAGCAAGGUGUGAAUAUAACUGCCAAUUCACUUCAUCCCGGAUCCAUUAUGACCAAUCUCUUGCGCUACCACAGCUUCAUAAAUACAAUUGGUUGUGCUGUGGGGAAGUUUGUGCUGAAGAGUAUCCCACAGGGAGCAGCAACUACAUGUUACGCAGCGUUACAUCCUCAGGCAAUAGGAGUGAGUGGGGAGUACUUGAUGGACAACAACAUAUCUAACCCUAAUUCUCAGGGUAAAGACAAUGACUUGGCCAAGAAGCUAUGGGAGUUUAGCUUGAGCGUAACUGGUGAAGAAGAAUCAUAG